AUGGCCUCCGUACCUACUGCCAAGGAUGAAAAGGAGAAGAAGAAUGAGGCUCUUGCUACGGCUAUCCUGAAGGAUAAGGUGAAGCCGAACCGUCUUAUUGUUGACCAAAGCGAUAAAGAUGACAACUCUAUCAUUGCACUCAGUCAAGCCAAGAUGGAUGAACUCGCACUGUUUCGCGGUGAUACAGUUGUUUUAAAGGGUAAAAAGAGAAAGGAAACUGUCGCUAUCGUGUUGGCUGAUGACUACUGUCCAAACGACAAAAUCAGAAUGAAUCGUGUUGUCCGUCAUAAUCUGCGCGUCCGCUUGGGAGAUGUUGUCAGCGUCACAGCUGCACCGAAUAUCGGAUACGGUAAACGUGUUCAUGUACUUCCAAUCGACGAUACCGUUGAAGGACUGACAGGAAAUCUCUUCGAAGUUUUUCUAAAGCCGUACUUUGUUGAAGCAUACAGACCUCUUCAUAAGGGAGACAUUUUCACUGUACAAGCAGCAAUGCGUACAGUGGAAUUUAAGGUUGUUGAAACUGAUCCGUCUCCAUCGUGCAUUGUUGCUCCGGACACCGUUAUUCACUAUGAAGGCGAGGCUAUUAAGCGAGAGGAAGAGGAGGAAAAUAUGAACGAUGUUGGAUACGACGACAUUGGCGGAGUUCGUAAACAAUUGGCACAAAUCAAAGAAAUGGUCGAACUUCCGCUACGUCAUCCACAACUGUUCAAAGCCAUUGGCAUCAAGCCUCCACGUGGUAUUCUCUUGUUUGGUCCACCAGGAACUGGCAAAACGCUUAUAGCCAGAGCUGUUGCCAAUGAAACUGGAGCAUUUUUCUUCCUCCUGAACGGUCCUGAAAUCAUGUCCAAAUUAGCGGGUGAGUCUGAGUCUAAUUUGCGAAAGGCUUUCGAGGAAUGUGAGAAGAACUCGCCUGCCAUUCUGUUCAUUGAUGAGAUUGACGCUAUUGCGCCAAAACGUGAGAAAACUCAUGGAGAGGUGGAACGUCGUAUCGUUUCCCAACUGCUAACUUUGAUGGACGGACUGAAGCAGAGAUCUCAUGUUGUUGUGAUUGCGGCUACAAAUAGACCAAACUCCAUUGAUGCUGCUCUGCGGCGCUUUGGUCGUUUUGACAGGGAAAUUGAUAUUGGUAUCCCUGAUGCUGUUGGACGCCUUGAGGUGCUCCGUAUUCAUACGAAAAACAUGAAACUUGCGGAUGACGUUGAUUUGGAGCAAAUUGCUAAUGAGUGUCAUGGCUACGUCGGCGCUGAUCUUGCAUCUCUGUGUUCGGAGGCUGCUCUUCAGCAAAUUCGAGAGAAAAUGGAAUUGAUUGACCUUGAGGACGAAACGAUUGAUGCUGAAGUUCUUAACUCGCUCGCGGUGUCGAUGGAGAACUUUAGAUUCGCAAUGGGCAAAUCGUCGCCUUCAGCUCUGCGAGAAACUGUUGUGGAAACUCCCAACAUCACAUGGGAUGACAUCGGAGGAUUGCAAAACGUCAAACGCGAGUUGCAAGAAUUGGUGCAGUAUCCAGUAGAACAUCCAGAGAAGUAUCUUAAAUUCGGCAUGCAACCAUCUCGUGGUGUUCUCUUCUAUGGUCCUCCUGGGUGCGGAAAAACUCUUUUGGCCAAAGCCAUUGCCCAUGAGUGCCAAGCUAAUUUCAUUUCCAUCAAGGGACCCGAACUACUGACCAUGUGGUUCGGAGAAUCAGAGGCCAAUGUUCGUGAUGUAUUCGAUAAGGCGCGGGCAGCUGCUCCAUGCGUUCUCUUCUUUGACGAGUUGGAUUCUAUUGCGAAAGCUCGAGGAGGAACUGCCGGUGAUGCUGGUGGAGCUGCCGACCGUGUUAUUAACCAAAUCCUCACUGAGAUGGAUGGAAUGAAUUCCAAGAAAAACGUUUUCAUCAUCGGAGCAACCAACAGGCCUGACAUUAUCGACUCCGCCAUUUUACGUCCCGGACGCCUGGAUCAAUUGAUUUACAUUCCGCUUCCGGAUGAAGCUUCUCGUCUCCAAAUCUUCAAGGCAAACCUUCGUAAAACUCCUGUAGCAAAAGAUGUCGAUAUGACAUUCCUGUCGAAGAGCACUGUAGGAUUUUCUGGUGCUGAUCUUACGGAAAUUUGCCAGAGAGCCUGUAAACUCGCAAUUCGUGAGUCCAUUGAGAAAGAAAUCAAGAUAGAAAAGGAUAGGCAGGAGCGACGUGCUCGUGGAGAAGAACUCAUGGACGAUGAGACAUACGACCCAGUGCCGGAAAUAACUAGAGCACAUUUUGAGGAGGCAAUGAAGUUUGCGCGGCGAUCUGUGUCUGACAAUGACAUCAGAAAAUAUGAGAUGUUUGCUCAAACAUUGCAACAACAGCGUGGUUUUGGGAACAACUUCAAGUUCCCAGGCGAACAGCCUACCCCUAAUCAGCCAUCAGGUGUUCCAGUGGGUGGAAAUGAUGAUGAUGACCUUUACAGUUAA